AUGGCAAAUAUUUUGCACCUGCCUUUCAUUUGGAUUCUCUGUGUUUUCACAAGCUGCUUCAGUGAAUAUUGCUGCCCAAAAGGAGCAAAAAUUGACCGUGAUGGUUUGCACUGUUACUGGAUGCCGACAUUUACAUCAACAUGGCUAGAAACAAGAGACAUCUGUCAGAGAGAUGAUGGAGGAGACCUUGCUGUGGUGAACAGUGUGACUGUUCAGACCUUUAUACAAAAUUCAUUUCAACUAGAAGCCCCGGUUUUGGUUUGGCUGAGAAAUGUAAUGACACCGGGUCCGUCUGAUGAUUUGGAUACUGAAACCUUCCAGCAUGAAGCAAGAGAAAUUAAGUCAUGUACUUCAAUGGCACUGGCCUCUGGACAUUGGAUGAAUGAACAAUGUGACAAGAGAAAUUCCAUCAUCUGUGAGAAAAAGAUAUCAGUGUCUUUGCCAUCACUGGAGAGCUUUAUGACAGGUGUGCCAUUAAUGUCAGGCAUAUACACAGUGUCCCAGAUGCAACUGCUACCCUCUCCACCAGACCCAGGACACCAAAGGGUUGAGGUCAUAUUGUUCCCAGGUCUCUGGUUCAGUCACGAGGGUCGAGUGCUGUCUUUGGAUUUGGUGACGCAGCCAAGUGUUCAGUUGACCUUUGCAAGAGUGCAAAUAUUUCGGCCUUACUGCAGCCCAAGUCAUCAUCUAGUGCCACCUGGCUGUAGUUAUCUGCUGAAUCCUUUCAGCUGCUGUUCACUGAUACCCAUGUGUAACACCACUGGUGGGUGUGCCAGCGGGCAGUAUUGGUGCCAUCUGCUGGAGAUCUGUUUGCCUGUCACCAGUCCAUGCAGCCCUUAUCACUCCUUCAACCUGGGACAUCCAUUCUCCCUGCCUCCCCGCUACCCUGCAACGCCACCGUUCUUCCAUUUGAUGGCAGACAUGUCACUCAAACUGCCCCCGACUGCUGAUUACACACACAUCAGUGUUACAAUUCAAGACAAAGACAUCACUGUAUAUCCUGAUGACAUUCUGGCAGUGCAACACACUAGAAGAACAGGAGAAUUUCUACAUUGUGUUGCCGGUACCAGUUCAGCCUGGCGCCACAGUUACCUCUCUCUGCAUGGACCUGAGUGGGGAGGGUGGUUCAAGGGGAGUCUGACUGCCCAUCCAGGAGUGGGCCAAUGGCUAGAUGGUGUGGUCUGUGACCUCCGGGUGAUUUAUGAAGACACUAAUCCACACUAUGGUGUUUCACCAAUACCUAGCACCAUGCAAACUACCUCAGAGAGCAACAGUCCAAUCAAAACACAGAGCCUUGUCACAAGUCUGCAUGUUUUGUAUCCAGAGCUUGACAAGAACAACCAAAUGCAUGUUGCCAUCAAUGUUCCAACACUCAUUGUCAUCAAGAUUAAUUCAGGGGAAAACGCAAUCAGUUCCUGGUCGGCUCCAGUGUCUAAGAAUGGAGUCUUGUUUGUGUCUUCUUGCCCUGCUGUGAUGCUUGAGAUUGAUGGAGGAUGUGUGAGGGAAACUUCUGACACGUGGUUCUCUUAUGUGUACAUGGUGCUUCCAAGUCAAGGUGAACAUACACUGAACAUCGUAGCUUCAAACAGUCUGAACUCACAGAGUCUGAGUUUGAGGGUUGUGUCUCAUAUCCCUGUAACUGGGCUGAGUAUCCAGCCUCUGGGCUUCAGCAGAGUUCUUGUGGACAUACCACAGUUGUUUACAGCUUCAGUAGCCACAGGCUCAUCUGUGACGUAUACAUGGGUUAUUGAUGACCUGGUCCAGUUUGAACACACAGGAGAGUCUUACAGCUUGGCUUUUAAGAAGCCUGCAGAAUACACGCUUAAGGUGAUGGCAAAGAACCCUGUGAGCUCUCAGUUAAUUGAGGUCAAGCUAACAGCCGAUGUAAUGACCCCAUUAGCUGAACUAGCGGUAAUUUCCAUGCCAGAGGCCAUUGCUGUAAACACCUCAACUCUCUACACCAUUCAUGUUAAAGCUGACAUCUCUAUAGGUGUUACAAUCAGAUGGGAUUUUGGUGACAAUACGACUUCUGUCAGUCACCCAAUUUCUGCUGCUUUAGAAAUUAAAGACAGCUAUCUUCAGCAAAGUAUCAAACAUGUUUACCUGCAAGACUCCACACAUCAUAUGUUUUCUUUCCCAGGUGACUACACCUUGAAAAUAAUGGCUUACAACAAAUAUGACCAUAUUGAAAAGACUGUAACUGUCAAAGUAAGGACUCCAAUAUCAAGAUUGCUGGUGUCAUCAUCUCCUGUUGUCUGUCAAGUCAACCACACCAUCUUCUUUGAGGUCUUACUAUGGCCUUCUUCAUACGGAGUGAUUUACUCCUGGAACUUCGGCGACAACUCCAGUAAAGUGAAGGAAUAUCACAGUAAAAUCAGCCAUGUUUUUAUAAGACCCAGAAAAUACGAUGUCACCAUUUGUGCCAACAACACCGUGUCAGUCUUAACUAACUAUACAGCUGUGGAGGUAGUUGAAGCUGUCUCUGGUCUCCAGCUGAGUUACAUUGGCUCCAUUGAACUUAAUUGCAUCUUUGAAAUCACUGGGAAUGUGUCUGCUGGCACACAUCUAAAAUGGACUUUUGACUUUGGAGAUGGUUCGAUACUAAAAGAUCACUUUGGAAGCUCCGCCUCUCACAUUUAUAUGUCUCCUGGUAACUACACUGUUCAGGUUACUGCGUAUAAUUCUGUAAAUAGGGAAAACCAGUCAGUCAAUGUGGAAGUCUAUAAAUUGUUUGUUAGUAAAAUCUUGCCAACUGACUGCAUUGUGAAUGAAGCGGAGAUAGAUUUUGAGGUGUUGGUGAAAGGCAAUGUUCCUCUUUUAACUUUUCACUGGGAUUUUGGAGAUGGGAGUCAGUUGUCUAUUGUUAAAGGAGCUACCACUAUCACUCAUACUUUUUUAAAUUCAGGGAUUUACUCAGUUAGUGUUAAAGCUAAUAGCCCAGUGGGUGCGGCCCAUUAUCAAACUAACAUAUGUGUUGAGCCCCAAAUUACAAAUGUCACAUUGCAUUUGCCCAAGACUGCUGUAGCGGUGAAUGAGGAAAUAUGCAUUAAUGUAUCUGUGCUUCCCAAAGUAAGUGAUCCUUAUAAGUUUCGGUGGAGUAAUAACUUUUCUAAUGAUACCCCAGUCAUAGGCCUGUCACACCAUUGCUUUGUUUUCCCAGCUGAGGGUUUGUAUGAAAUUAUGGUGAUGGCAAGUAAUGAAGUUAGCAACAAAACAACAAAAACAACAGUUUUUGUUCAAACGUCUGUAUCCAAUUUAUACAUAAAACACGAAGGUAACCAAGAUGCAAUGGCUGUGAAUCAGUCCUAUUAUUUUUGGGCUGAGCUUUCUGGUAAGAGAGACGUUUCUUUUCAGUGGGACUUUGGAGAUGGUUUCUUAAAAAUGAAGGGUCAAAAUCAAUCACACAUUUUUGCUUUUCCUGGGAGGUUUUGUGUGACUGUUACUGCAUCUAAUGCAGUAAGUUCCCAUUCUGUGUCCAUAGAAGUAGAGGUGCAUGUACCUCUGUCAUAUUUAAUGGUUAAUACCAGUCAGCCAUUUGCAGAGGCAGGAAAAGAGAUACUAUUUAAAGCUUGGACUGAUGUGAAUGAAAAUGUUAAGUUUAACUGGACUUUGAAUUAUUUGUCACUUUCAAUCCCUGGGACAUCUGAGUUUAUGUAUGUGUUUCCUAAAGCAGGGGUAUUUCUGAUUAAAGUCACUGCUCAGAAUCGUGUCAGUCUGAUGGAAACCACAAUGUAUAUUGAGGUCAUGGAGAGAAUAGAAGGGGUUCGAAUCCAAUCUCAAGGUCUGCAGUCUGCAAGAUAUUUCCUGACCAAUCAGAUUGUAUUAUUGAGAACUUCAGUGACACAUGGUUCUAACUUGACAUAUAAGUGGCUUGCAGAUCAAAGUGGGAAUAAUCAAACUAUAAGUAACAGUGAACAAUUUCAGCUAUUUACAAACAUCUCUGGUGAUUUGUAUAUCAGGUUGGAAGUAUCCAAUGUUCUUGGUUCAGUAGAUACUGAACUUUCAUUGAGAGCAGUUGAGUGCAUUUCUGGUGUGAGUAUUUUAGCAUCAAUGAAUGUUGCCACCAAAGGAAAGCCAGUGAAAAUCUCUGUGAGUGUAGCAUCUGGAACAGACCUUCAGUACUCAUGGUUCCUGGACUCUGAACACAGUUCUAAAAUAUCAGAUGUACCCUUUAUUUUGCAUGUCUUCAAAGUUAUUGGUGUGGUUGAACUCAGUGUGUCAGUCUCAAAUGUCUUUGGGUCUAACAAUGCAACCAAACUACUGAUAAUUCAGGAGAGUAUCUCUGAAGUAGACUUUCAGAUAAAUGGAAAAUCAAGCCCAUUUUUUGUUGCAUCAAAUAGCAUCCUGUCACUCCAUGGAUGUGCACGGACAGGAAAUGUCCUACAUUGGGAAUGGACAUUAACUUUUCAUAACAGUUCAGUUAUUCUUCUUGCUGACAAUCAAAUAGUUAGCUAUUCUUUUGUGGAUGUUGGAGAUCACCAUGUCUCACUUAACGCCUCAAAUGACAUUAGCUGGCAAACUGUUUGGUAUAUUGUGACCAUUGAGGAUACCAUCCAAGGACUUUCACUAACAGCUAGCAGCAGUAUUGUAUGUGAGAAUGAUUCGGUUACAUUCAAACCGUCUGUCUCCCAAGGAAGUCAAGUUUCCUUUUCUUUGGAAUUCAUGAAUAACAUUUCAUCAGUGGACAUUGAGUAUAAUUUUACAACCUCUUCUCUUUCAGUUGGAAAGCACUUGGUGAGAGCAAUAGCAAAAAAUAAUGUCAGUAUCCAAACAGUUACAGUAACUGUGCAAGUGGUGGAAAGAAUGAAGGGGUUGCAUUUGAUUGGCUGUUGCUCUGCUGUCCUUGAGGCAUCAAAAACCAUUAGUUUUCAAGCAAAUGAAAGCAGUAGCUCACAAGCCGAUUAUCACUGGACUUUCCUAUUAAAUGGAAUAUAUUCCUCUCGGGAAAUUGGGCAAAAAGUUCACUUCACACCUAUUACAAACGGAUCCCUGUAUGUUACAGUAGAAGCUGAUAAUGGCUUCUGCUCACAGUCCCUGAGCAUUACAGCAAAAGUACAGAAGCAUGUGAAGGAAGUGAAGCUUGUUAGCUCGCACAAUGUUGCUUUUAUUGACUAUCCAAUCACUUUUGUAGCCAUCACAGAUGGAGGAAGUGACCUUAAAUUAAUUUGGGAUUUUGGUGAUCCCAGCGGAGAAACCCUGGUUACAGAAUCCAAUACUCAAGACCACAGAUACAAUGUUACUGGUCGGUUUGUGGUGCAGUUAACAGCUCUCAAUGACAUAAGUCAGGUCUCGACGCGAAUGCCAGUUGAAGUACAAAAACUGGAGUGCGCCCAGCCUAGCAUCUACCUGGUUGAAGAAAAAUCUAAGACAUUAAAAUCCAGACCGAGAUUUUUUGAAGCAAGAGUAGACUUCAAAGGUUGCAUUACGUACAAAGCAUCAUAUCUCUGGGAGAUUUUCAGGGGCCCUGAUUGCUCAGCAAUGGACAAGAUAUCUUUAAACGAUUCCGUUGAUGUUACUACACCACUUCUGUCUCUGCCAAGACACACUCUUAAAGUGGGAAACUACUGUUUGGCAUUUACCACCAGACUACAGGGAACUCCCCUAAAGCAGCACAAGACUUUAAAGAUUGCUGUUGUUCACAGUCAGUUGGUGCCUCUGAUUAAAGGUGGAUCUCACAGGCUCUGGUCAAGUAAAAAUGACCUGAUAAUGGAUGCAACUGAUUCAUAUGAUCCAGAUUCAGAGGAGAAUGAUUUUGAGUCGUUUCAGUUCCAGUGGGGUUACAUUACAGAGAACACUGCAGCAUCGUUUUCAGCCAUUUACACCCCUCAUCAUAAUAUUCCCGGAAAUGGAAGUAUUCUUCUUCUUCCCAGAAGUACCCUGUUGCCAGACAGAGUGUACCACUUUACUCUAACCCUUUACAAAAGUGGACGACAGCCUGUCUCUGUAUCACAGUCAGUUACAGUGUACAAUGUUGCUUUACUACCUGUGACUGUAAAUUGUGUAUCCUGUAACUCCCUGUUGUCAUUCCAUGUGAGUCAUAGCCGGCGAAUUGCCUUGGCUGGCUAUUGUUCUUCAUGUGAAGAAGACACUGUACAGUACAAGUGGACGGCAGAGAAUCAGAAAGGUGAAGCUGUAGCACUGAAUGAAGUCACUACCUCAACAGGAAACCUCUGGAGAGAGAUAGUCAUUAGAGCAGGGGUGCUAAUGGAGGGACAUGAAUAUACCUUUACUCUCAACGUGACUGAACCAGCCUCUGGGAAUUGGGGGUCAGCAAGCAUCACCUUAGUCCCCAACCAUCCUCCCUAUGGGGGCAUUUGCACUCUGUCACCAGAUGACUCUCUUCAUUUCCUGGAAACAGUGGUCAUUUUCAACUGCUCAGGGUGGAUGGAUGACGAUGGUGACUCAGCUCAACUGAUAUUUUCACUACAGGUGGCACAGUGUGAAGAUUUUGGACCAUUAUGUCCCUUGAUUACCCUUUACAGAGGCACUCAAAGCACAUUCGGCUCCCUGGUGCCACUUGGUAAUUUAAGCAUAGCAGAAAACACAUCUGUUAUUUACGUGCUGGUGAUGGUAGAAGACAACAUGGGGGCUUCAGUCAUCGCAUUGAGAAAGAACCUGACAGUGCUGUUGAAUGACCAUCACACAACUGAGUGGUUAAGAAAUAAGAUCCAAUCAGAGUUCUGGGCGUUGCUUCAACAAGGCAAUCCUCAGAACAUCAUACAAUAUUCUAUCGCCCUCACCAGCCAACUCAACCAGCUGGAGACCUUUAGUGCUCAAGAGUUGGAGGACAAGAUUCAGAUGCGAGGAAAUGUAACUCAGGCUCUGGCGUCUAUGCCAGUCUCUACGCUUCAGGAUGUAGCUCAGAUCAGCUCAGCUUUGGCCCAAUCUACAGCAGCUCCCUCUGAAGUGCAGUGCAAGGGCUGCCAAGCAAAGGUUCUUAUGGUUACAGAGAAGAUGAUCAAAGUAAUAAGAGAACAAACAGGACAGAGUGACAUCAACCCCACAGAUACCGGCAGGAACAUUCUCAAUGUUUUAAGCAGUGCCCUGACUGUUGAUCAUAUAGAGAGGAGUAAUUCAGGCCACAAGCAUUUGGGAACAUCAGAGACAGCUGUAUCAGCACUAGGCCAGAUUGUAGAGCUCAUGCGUUCAUUGAUGUUGUCGCAGAUGCGUGGGGAAGAGGCUCUUUCCCUCGCUGCUCCAAAGAUCAGUGUUGUGGGUGUACGGGGUGACCCUACUAAAGACAUCCUGUGCACAGACCCCUUCAACCACUGCCAGUUUCACAUCCCAUCAGCACUGAGCACUCACCUGAAGGAGAAAAGACAAGAAGUCCUGCAAAUACUUUUGCAAAUGGAGGCAGAAGAAAACCCAUUCAUUCCAGCUGCAGAACCUCCUAUAUCCACAAUGCUUGCAGCCAUGGAGUUUGCUACACCACAAGGGAAGCCCAUUCCCAUUGCUAACCUGACACCAGACACUGCAAUUCAAUUCACUUUGCAGAAAAAGAUAAGAGAGGAGGAUGAGAGUUUGCUGAGGAAACAUUUCACUCUGUCAUCUAAGGGGAGUGUAAACUUCACAGUUCAAGCAGUGCAAACAAACCCUCAGGCUGGCCUCUAUGUUUCCCUAAACUUCAGUGUCAUCCCAGGAACUGGUGAGACAGCCUCUGGACUAGUUCGGAUAUCUGUUGGUGACCACUCAGUCCAUUCACUGUCUCAGCACACUCAUACUGAAAAGCUCCGCGUCUCUCUGUCAGCUGAGACUCCAUCACUAGAGCAUACCAUCUUCCUUACACCACUCUUGAAUGGUUCUGCUAAAGACCUUUUUGUGAGCCUGAACAGUCAUGUCAGAGGUGUGGAUGUGACUGUCUCAGUGUGUGUGUUCAGCAUACUGUGCCAGUUCUUCAAUCUUAAAGAGAGUCGCUGGAGCAGUGAGGGUUUGAGUAGUCUGAGUGGCAGCAGGCCCCACACUGCCCAUUGCCUCACCCAGCACCUCACCAUGUUUGGAGCCAGUCUCUUCAUCCAUCCUGAGGCAGUUUUACUGCUGCCGCCUUCAGAAGAGCCGGUGAGGAACAUGUUGGUGGGAAUAGUUUGUGGAGUCCUGCUUCUAAUUCAUCUGCUGGUUGGUGUUAUCGCCCACAAACUGGAUCACCUGGAAAGUCUGCGUCUGUGUUGCGUCCCACUGUGUGGCCAAAAAGGUCGCUACAAGUAUCGGGUUCUUGUCAAAACAGGCUGGAAAGGAGGCUCAGGUACCACCGCACAUGUUGGCAUUAGCCUGUAUGGUCUGAAUAAAAGUGGUUCACGUCACCUCCAAAGAGAAGGAGCUUUCCUGAGGAAUAGUCUGGAUGACUUCCAAAUUGAAACGGAUGCCAAUCUUGGCGAGAUCUGGAAAAUACGCAUCUGGCAUGACAACACAGGUCUAGACCCAUCCUGGUACCUGCAACAUGUGAUCAUCUGGGACAUACAGACAGAUAACAUGUUUUUCUUCCUGGUGGAAGACUGGCUAUCUGUGGAGAAUGAAAAGAACUCUGGAAGGGUGGAGAAAGUUGUUUUAGCUUCUUGUCCUCAGGAGCUGCAGCAGUUUAAGAGGAUUCUUUGUGCCCAGUUGUUGUUUGGGCUUCGAGAGCAUCAUCUGUGGAUUUCAUUAUGGGAGCGGCCGGCCCACAGCAGGUUUAGCCGAGCCCAGAGGGUCACUUGCUGCGCCCUCUUAUUGCAUCUGUAUCUGGCAGCUGGGACAGUGUGGUAUGGAGCAGUGGGCAGAAAGGGCAGUAGAGGCCCGGUCUCCACACAGAUGUUAAUGAAUGCAGAGACCAUCCUGGUUGGAAUGACAGUUGCAGCUUUGAUUUUCCCUCUCCAAACCAUCCUCAGAUUUCUGUUCCAAAAAACCAAGAGCAAGGUGACAUUGGAUGUGUCUCUGCCUCCCUCUCCUGUGUCUCACAGCGUCGAGAUGGAUGUUUUCCUCAGUCAUCCAAAUCUCUCCUACUCUUCUUUUCUAUCACUACCCACUGGCCCUGACUCUUCCAUAUAUGAUGGACCGUCUCCUUUCACUAACUCUUUGCAGAGCAAGAAACUAGAUUUGGAAUUUUGGAACUCUACAGAACGAGUGGAUCACUGGCCAUCAUAUGACAGUAUCUUUGGUGUGCCUGAGCUGACAGGAACCACUCACCUCCUUAAGAGAAAAAAAGCCCUUCUACAACUACAUUUGUCUUCAACGUCUGACCAUGACACCUUGAAACCAACCGAUUCUCCAGAAGAAGAUCUUAGGACUAUAUCUGCAGACCUGGAACCCACAAACACUCUGUCCUCAGGACCAGCUGCAUCUGACAGUGGCCAUUUUACACCCAAUGAGAGCACCCUAUCUGACAUUUCAUGUAGUGAGUGGUCUGAUCUGAGUGUGGAUUCACUAGCAUAUGAACCUGGCCUCCACAAAUCCCCCUCCACCCUCUCAGUGCUCAGUGAGGCCAGCACAUUUCUCCCUAGUCUCCCACCUGACUCUAUAAGCACCAACUCCAACACACGCAUUGGUGUGGUUCGUGGUGUGACUGGCUUGAGACUUCCUUUCUGGGUUCUGCGUGUGGUUUACCUGCUGGUGGCUGUUCUGCUGGGAACAUGUCUGGCUCUGGUGGUACUGUAUGGGAGCAGGUUUUCCAGCUCUGUGGUUCUAAUGUGGCUGGUGUCAACCCUGUCUGCCUUCCUCACUUCUGCCUUGCUGUUGGAACCAUUUGCAAUAUGUGUACAGGCACUAUAUUUGGCUGCUGUGGUGAGACCAGUGGACCCAGAGGUGGAGGAACAUUUGUCUCAGGAGACUGAAGUGAGAAGGACAGGAGAGGAUGAGGAAGAUAAAGUGCAUCCUCCCUGUGGAUACGGCCUGCUGCAGGCUAGAGAGGAAGCCCGGAAACUGCGAACACUUAGAGCAUUAAUGAGGAGCUGUUUAGUCUACAUGCUCUUCCUGUGGAUGGUUCUGAUGGUGAACUACCAGGAAACUGUCCAGGAGGCUAACUGCAGACUGCUUCGCUCUGCUAUAAAACACACACUGAUUUCUGCUUCGCAUGGGCAGCCCAGUCUCACAGCAUUACCAGGAUGGAUGAAUGCAGAGCAGUGGAUAGACCAGAGAUUAAUAUCACACCUGUAUGAAAACCCUUCACUGUCUUUAAUUGGCCCACCACGACUACAGAAAGUGUAUUCUCAAGACUUCUGCAGUGAAAACUUCAGAGAUCAAUUCCAAUCUGGUCGAUAUCCUUUGAUGCUGACUGCUCACAUUUUAUCACAUGCCAGCCCUGGACACCAGAGAUCCUCUGCUCCCAGCAAGAACACUCCAGCUCUUUUAACUCAGCCGUGGAGUAAGGGCACAUCAUGUACAUUUGGUCAAAGAGAGGAAGUAGUGCUUGGGAACAACAGUGAAUCCACACGUCAGAUUCUGUCAGACCUACAGACCGCAAACUGGAUGACAACAGGGACACAGGCAGUGUUGAUUGAGUUCACUCUGUAUCAUAAAGAGACGAGUGUCUUGGCGCCAGUCUCUCUUCUCUUGGAUCAGACACAGACAGGCAGAAUUCUUGCUUUUAUCUCCAUCCAGCCUUUUCACAUCUCUCCAUUCUCUGGUCCAGACUUACACAUCACAUUGACGGUCCUGCUUUUGCUGUUUGCCCUGUGCUUUCUGAGUGCUGAAGUAUGGGCCUUGAUCAGGAAGACAAGUCUAUAUCUAAAGCAAGCUUGGUGCUGGUUUCAGCCAUUGUCAGCCACUCUGACCCUAGCAGCUGCUGUUCUUCGUUUGUAUUUCCUCUCCUCAGCUAAAGCCUGCCUCUCCAGACAUCGCUCCCAGCCCACUGCUUUUGCUGAUUUUCACAGUGUUGCCACACUGGCCAGAACAUCCAGUCAGCUCUCAGCAGUUCUAUUAACACUCUUGGUUCUAAAGAUGGUGGGGAUCUUACGGUUUGUUAGGAGAUGGCUGGUGUUGGGACGGGUUAUUCGACAAGUAUUCCCUCAGAUCUGUGGCGUGGCAUUCCUGCUGCUUGUCCUGUGGCUUCUGUUCUCUCACACAGGCUUUAUGCUCUUCUCCAGUUCAGUAAAGGGCUUUAGGACCUUAGGGCAGGCGAGUCAAUCUCUGCUGUGUUUGUUGAGAGGGCAUAUGGGGCUGCAUCGACUUUGUGAGCAUCAUCCAGUGGUGGGAACUCUAUACUGCUUGGCUGCUGUGGGCAUUGGGCUUUGGGUACUUUGGCGCCUGUGUGCUGCUGUGUUGAUUCAAACCUACCGAAUAGUGCAGGCAGACAUUUACAGACCAUCCAUGGAGCCACAGGACUACGAGAUGGUACAGCUUCUCAUUAAACGGCUCAAGCUAUGGAUGGGACUUAGCAAGACCAAAGAGUUCAGGCAUAGAGUCAAGUUUGAAGGAAUGGCUCCUCCACCUUCCAGAUCCUCCCAGGGCUCUCAAGCCUCCAACCCCUCUGUGCCACUCAGUCCUAUGGGAUCCCGGCAGACCUCUUCUGUUUCCUCUUUGGCCUCCGAUUCCUCCAUUUCAGAAAGUUUUGACUUUGACCAUUAUGUGGACCGCCUGGUGCCCUGUGUUGAUAACCUUCUGGCUGGCUUUGACCGUGUCAACCAGCUGACUGAGGAGGUAUACAGCUUUGAGCUCCAACUUCAAGAGGUCAAGAGCAGGAUUUCCCAGAUAAGAAAGUUGCAAAGACCGCAGAAGGUGUCCUACCAGGGAUCUGCUCCAACCCCAAAGCAACCACAACUCCCUCGACAUCAAUCUACCUGUCUUUUGGAAUGUAAACCAACUCCAUUUCCUCUCCAAGGCAUCACUAAUACCCUUCCACGCUGCCGUGCUACCCAUUCAGAGUCCUCAAUUUUGGGGUCCGGUGCCCUCUACAAUGAAAGAAUACUUUCUACAUUGGAUCGAGGGGUGAACAGUGCAAACCCUGGAAACGGGGGCAUCUCAAGACGCAGAGCCUGGAAUUCAGUGACCUGCCACUCUGCCGACACCGCCCAAAGGUUAGCUGGGUCUCAGAGCACUGUGGCCUUGCCAGAGAGACCCCAAAGCGAAGAUGGAGACAGGGAACAUGUGCAUGAUGGCAUGCCAGUUAAGAGACAGGCAUGGUAGACUGAUUGAAUGUGGUAAUAUGUGUAAUGAAAUGAUUAUGUAUUACUUGUGGAUGCUAAUUUUAUCAGUAACACUUUACUGUAAAGUUCUAAACUGUAUUCUUGCCUUUCCUUGAUUAGUCAGAUCCGCUCUGAUAUGGUGAUCACAUGCAACCAUGGGUAUACCUUAAACCAUCAGAUUCAUCUGCACAGAAGGUAGUAGUGUAGCUUUAAAUGUGAACUCAGUAAUUUAUUCCUCAUUAAAAAAGUUUAACUCCUUGAGACAUGAAUAGUAAUUUUGCAGCAUAUGUAGGAAGUCAUGAGCACUCACAUUAAAAUGAAGACUCCAGUCAUAUCAGUGACCUUAUAAAAGCUGUUUUAUUCUACAUAGAGAGCGUCUGCACAUGGGGGCUGUAAGAAUCACAUGACCAGCUGAAUACUACUCGCUUAAUCCCAGUAACCGUCCUGUUAUUAGUCACUUUCACUUAUUGAUUAAAGUAAUCAUGGUUGACUGAAUACUAAAUAUUUACAAUGACAUCUGAAACUGAAAACUUUUGAUUUUAAAUGAUGCUGCAUCACAGCCGCUAGGUGUCAGUGUAAGUCCGAGAUGACACAAAGACAAAAGGUACUGAGUGCACCUUUAACAUAAACACAUUAGGUGUAUUGAACUAACAACGAAGAGUAAACAGUAUUUGUUAAUGUUAAUUUAUAAAUAUUCUAUUGUUAUUGUUAAUACAUAAUGUAUUAAUAGGCUUAUAUGUAGAAAUUAGCAUUAACCAAGAUAAAUAAAUGCUGUAUUGUUGAUUGAUAGUUCAUGUUAACUAUUCUUUUAACUUGUGUUGGUGUAUAUGACCUUAUUGUACAGUGUCAUAAUUUUAUUAUUUUCAUUUGCAAAUAGUUUGUGUAUUGUUUUGACACAGUGAAGGCACGAUGUGUUGGUCCUCUGCACUAAUCACUUAUGUACUGUAAAUUGUGUAGUGUUUUUAUGAGCUUUAGAUUUUCUUCCUCGUGACUGGUGCUUUUGCACUGUUUUUCAUGUUGAAGUGUUUGUUAUCUGUGUUUCCUUUAAAUGUUAUCAUAUUACAGUAAGUCUCUGUGUGACACUUGCAUGGAAGAAUCAGUUUUAUAUUUUGUCAGUAAAAUGACAUGGCCAUCAAAACUGUGGCUUAAACGUCAGAACAUUUGUGUCACUUUCAUUUUUUUUUUAAGUUUGACAUUACUAAAUUUGGAAAUCUUGGGGCUAAUCAUGAUUAUUUUAUUCUAUUGACAGACAUAGUUUUUAAUCGUAAAUAAUAAUGACAAUAAUAAUAAUAAUACAAAUACUGCCUAGACAUAGAGGAUAGUGAUACAAAAUAUUUCUUGAACUUGAACUGUGACAUUUAGCUUGCUCACUGGAGGUUGUAAGGCCAUAUUCUCAGUAAAACUACAUUGGAACAAUAUUUUUUGUAAAAGUGCUAAACAAUUACAUUUGAUUAAUUUUUUUAUUUUAUUUUUUGUUUCUUUUAAGAUUUAAAUAAGCAUUAAUAGUGAAAAUAAGAUUUUUAUAAUUUAUUUUGGCUUUGGUACAAUGAUAUAUAAAAGUCAAUUAUUUUAUUUCACUAACAUAUUAUCUUUAUAAUAUCACACUAUUUUUCUCAACCAGUAAAACUGGUUCUUUAUUCAUGAAAAUAUAUAGCUGCUUUUAUAUUGUAAGUAUAGGCAUCCCUCGCAAGGGUAUCUUCAUAUUUGGGGAUCCAUGACAAUGAAAAGUUUGAAAACUCCUGAUUUUAUAAUGUCUCAAAGAAAGUUUAAUUACUAGUUAGUACAAGAAAUGGUACGUCCAACUACAGAUUAAGCCAUUUUGUGACAGCAUAAUGGUUGAGUAAAAAAAACAGACUCUUUAUGGAAGCUGUCAUAUGCUGAAAAUGUAACAUUAAAAUGCAUCUUCAUUGACUUUUUACAUUUGGCAGAUGCUUUUAUGCAAAGUGACUGACACAAUACCCCUGGAGCAACCUGGAGUUAAGUGCCUUGCUCAAGGACACAAUGGUGGUGGCUGUGGGGAUUGAACUGACAACCUUCUGAUUACCAGUUAUGUGCUUUAGCCCACUAUGCCACCACCACUCACUGUUUUAACAAGACAAACCUCCCUCAAGCACAAGUGAUUAAUCAAUUGUUUGAUGUUGAUUUCAAGACUUCAAUGCCUUAUAUACCAUAUGCCCACUACAGAAGAUUCACAAACCAACCACUAGAUGGAACUCGCAUCAAGCAAAUAUUCUAGGAAAUGCCAACUGUCAUUACCUUCCACAGACUCUGCCUGAGAUAACAUGCCCCUGUGUCAUCACAUUCACUUUGGAAAUGUCUAUUACAGUGAUGAACUUUUAGACUGACUGUAUUGCUACAAACCUUUAUUGCAAUCAAACAAUUUCAGAAUUGUCAUCAAGCAUCUAUAAAGCAAAGGAAUGGUUCCUGAUUCAUAUAUGCUGUCCAGUAGUAUUACGUUUACUACUGUAUAAAAAAAUCAACACUAAUGACUGAAUGUUUCAUGGUGAUUGUGAAUGCACAUUAAAUGUGUCUCUCACAACCCAAUGGUAUUCACACCAAGCAAAUUGAAGAAUGAGCAUUUGUAAUUUGCCUAGGUAGUGAACACAUUCUGCACAAAUUCCCUUUUCCUCUCUCUCACUUUCAUUUUGAAUUAUAUAAGAGGCAUAACCCAGAGUAUGCAGCCAUGAUGUAACCUGACACAGUCCACAGUCUGCUCUUCCUCAUGUAAAGAGCCUUUGCAUCCCCAAAGGCUUAACCCAGUCCCAAGACCCCCUGCCUCCCACAGUCUGUCUGCCUUCCCAUCCUUUUACCAUCCCUAGAUCUUUCUCCUCACCACAGCCCCCCAUUGUGCCUAAGCUUCUUACUGCUCGAAAUAUUUCCUUGCAGUCAUUCAUAAACACUCUGGCGCUGCAGUUCAGGAAGAGAUCUGGCUUCUCUCUCAGUGUCCGCUCAGUGAGCGUUUUACGAGUGUGGAAUUGUAACAGUGAAGGCGGAAUUGGUUUUAGAGGUUUCUGAGUGUUGUCAUUCUGUUUUUGUUCAUUGCUCAGCACCAUUUUUUCUCAAAUUCUGUUUGCCUUACUUUUUAAGAGUGCAGAAAAACUUGACCUCUUCAGCAGUCUGAGUUCUUUGUGACUGACCACUUUCUUUCUUUUUUCAUCCUUUCUAGUGCUAAAUGUUUUUAAAAUCUGGUACAGCUCUUCAUCUUACUUUGCUUAUUAGAGGUGCCCUACCAGUCAAAAUUUGGGACACAAUUCAUUCAUUAUUAUGUUGGCAACAAGGCUUUGUCAAGCCAACAUAAAAUUUUACCCAUCUAGUUAUUACUGUUUUCCACAUUUUAGAAUAAUACUGCCAUGCCAAGGCAAAACACCAUAACUAAACAGACAGGUCUGGCUCAACUAUGCUCAUAUUCAGAAAAACAAGUAUGAAAAUUGCUGUAACUACAAAAACCACACUAAAAUCAAGUAAAUUUAAAGGCAUUUUCGAAGGUUUCAAUGUUGGAGUAGUUACUGUGUUUUGCCUUUGUAAUGCAGAAUAAUAAAUUCAUCAAAUUAUGAAAUAUAAAUUCAGUCAAGUGUGUCCACAUUUUAUACUAGUAUUGUAGGUAGGAGGUGGAAGGGUUUGCAGAGGCCCCAUUUUCCUCUCCCUCUCUAUGCAUGUCCUCACCUGACCCGCAUGAGUGGAGCUGAGGAAAUGUGGGGGGAGAGAGAGGGAGGUUCUUACAUAAUGGGUUUAUACGUUUGCACUGUGCAGUUAAAAACAUGUGGGGGGGUGGGGGGGAUAGAUAGAGAGAGAGAGAGAGACAGAUAGCGAGGGAGAGACAGAGAGUGGGCUUGUGUCACAGUCAGUUCCUGCUUGUUUACAAGCAAAGCAGCGUGAAAGCAGAAGAGGGGAGGGGGUCCAGCGUUACUUGACUAUUCUUCAUCUCUAUGUGAGAGCAGCACAUACUGUAUACAACAGCUCUGUUCCAAAACCUAGUGAACGGCCUUGUUCUUAUGUUAAAAAAAAGCUAAAAACACACACACACACACACACACACACACACACACACACACAAAAAACGCUUCACAAAACUCUGGGCAUGCAAAAUUAUUUCGGACACUGCAAUGGACAGGAUAUGUCCUCAUGCUUGAGGGCUUCUGGUUUUAAUAAAUAAUAAAACACAAAUACCGUUUACACAUUGUAUCCUGCGACAAUAAAACCAAAUGUCUAUUUAGUACAUGUUUACAUUGAAAACAAUUGUGAAACAUCUCAGAUGGGUGCAAAAACAUGGAAAUAUGGUCAGUUUAUCUAUAAGUGAACUGUCAUUACUAUACCUUUUAUACAGUGCAUUGGCAAAACUGCUAAUAACCGUGGUCAUACCAAAGAAUGCCUCUGAACUGAACAGAGAAAAGAUAUUUAUGAAAAAAGAGAACAAAAGUGAGCAGACUUUUAAUGAAAAAAUAUAAAAUACAAUAAUUCACUGGGAGGUGAAUCUCCUCCACAGAGGCUCAGGCCUGGGAGCUGUUUACUGUCUGGGCCAGAGGCUACUGGCUUUCUGACAACCUGAGUCACAAGCUGCAACAGUUGCCAAGCCUUUGAGAAGAGAACAAAUAAUAAGAAUUCCCCUUGAACCAAGGGCAGUUACACUCCCUCAGUCUUGGCAAAAAGCAAGCAUUACAAACUGGUCCUUGGAGGGAUGAUUUGUCAUCAAGUGCUUUAGCAGUGUUCGAGCUUUGUGAAACUUGAGGUAUAUCAAAAUAACUGAUAUGUCAGGCAGCAUUCUUGCUAAUCAAGUGUUCUGCAACUGCAACCUUGGGUAAACUCCAGUAAAUGCAUCCAUGCAUUAGGGCACAGAUUGAUGUAUUGUGAACUCAGCAACAGUAGGCCGAAUGGUUUGCUGCUGAAAUUGGUUUGUGCUUACCGAAAUUUGAAUCAAUACCUCCCAGUGGUCGAAGCUGGAAGUGUUGUUGAAUGUAUGGGCACAUGUGAGUUCCAGUUUCCAAGUGAAAUGUCCACAGAGUGGCACAAAAAACAAUUUGUAUUUUUAGUUGUAAAUUAUGUAAUACAGUCAAAAUGAAUGCAUAUUUUAUGAACCCUAACCCAAACCCCAACCCUGAUCCUAACAUAUCUUUUAUCCCGUUAAUGGAUUAAAAAAUUACAUUUUUGAGCAAAAAUGCAACCUCCAAAUCAGGCUCACCAUUGAUUAUGUACUGUGAGCCAUGCCUCAGAGGUUGCUUACGCAACACGCUAUCAGUAGCGCAAGAGGGAAAUGAGUUCACACUUCACAUGUAUGGUGGGGGAUGGCAUUGUCAGUAAUUCGGCUGAAUGGGGUUGAUUUCAAGGUACAUACACUUUCAGAAGCAUCAUGUUGAUUUCCCAUGUGAUCAUGUUGGAGGGCAAAAACAGACCAAGGAGUCCGGGAUGUAAAUUUAGACACAUAUUUAUUACAUAAAUAUAUAGUAAAAUAGACCAGCGACAAUUACCAUAAAAAUAUUUUCCCUUAAAAUCCUGAACAUAAACAAAGAAUUUUAAAAUGACACAUUGACAAACACGCUGAUUGUCUGGACCUGUCAUUAACAGCCCACCACAAAAAACCUGACAUCACACCACCCAAAAGAUUAGGACUGUUAUAGGUGUAGAAUGGGAGUGAAGGAGGGAGGCGGUAAAUGGGUGGUAAGGGUGGUCAGCGUGAUGGAGGUGCGAUGGUGUGAGAGAUCACAGUAAUUUUUCAGAGGUUUUGUUGUGUUUGUUUAUUUAUUUUCAUUUUAUUUUUUAAUUUUUUUAAGAGUCUGAGUGAGUGCAUGUGUCAUACAUGUCAGUUUUGGCCUAGAACUUGCAUAACGCCUGUGUGUUCAUGCACUUUUCUGUGCUUGGCGGAAAUGGAUCCUAAAGACUUUUCCUGAAUCUGAAGAUAGCCCCACUGGGCAAUGCUCCGACAUAUAGCAUCAUGGGUGACACAAGCUUGAAUCCUGGCCCAAGGUCCUUUCCUGAUCCAGUUUCCCCUACUCUCCCUGGUUGUAUCCUGUCUCCUCUGCAAAAACUAAUCCAUUAUACGUUGUGUUUUGAAUGCUGGUGUGCUGGUGUUCCAACAAGGCUUUUUGACUAACCAGCAAGACUUCCUUUUUAAACCAGCAUUGCCAGAUGAACAAUACUGGUGGACGAGCUUAACCAGCUACUGUAAGUUUUGCUGGUGAGGAACAUGGCUAUGCUGAUUUACCAGCUAGACCAGCAACAAACCAGCAUUAACCAGCAUGCUGGUUAAGCUGUUUUUUUCAGUAAGCAUUCUGUUGCGAUGCAUCUACAGUAGCAAGAACACGUUUGGUCUGAACAGCCCCUAAAAACUCUUUGUUCCUCCACAUACUGUUCUGCCAGGGAGAGCCAAACAUUGUAGACUGAAGUGUGUAUCCCCCCAAAGAAGCGUUACAUUUGACCUAUUUCCUAAACUCUCCACUGAGUACAGCAUGAAACUAACACUGAAGCCUCUCUGUACUUCUGAGGAUGGAUUUUUUUUUAUUUUUUAGAUGCAUGAUCCUUUCAUCAUCCCUCAAGCAAUGUCACAAGAAUCCUCAAAAGGUCCUGUACAAUAACAACGAGGCCUGAUAACUGCUGUAUAGCUUAUAACACACAUUUCGACCUCCCUCAGCCAAUUAUCUGCAAGUAGACCCCUGAUCCAAGAUUGGUUAGAACCCCUGAGUGACCACAAACUGUUAUGCACACAAUAACCAGCUGCCACUUUGAUCACAGUGAAGCUGAGAACUUGGUGUGUUUUAGUAAUAGUUGAAGUUACUGAUGGUUACUGGUCUUUUUUUCUUUUUCUUUCAAAAUUGUUGUUUUGCCACAAACACACCCUUUGCACAAUGUCUCUGGUAGAAGAUGCAAUACAAAGUACAAGAAUAGUGUGAAAGAGACGGCACUGAAGACAUGGACCUUUGGUUUGCACCUAGAUAGGUGUCCAGAAGCAAUGUGGUGAAAUAACUCCAGGAAUAUCCUGGCAAAUGGAUCUUUCAUCUGUAAAUCUCUUUCAUUUUAAUUUAAUAAUCAAUAUGAACUGACAAAAUGUUCAAUAUACAUAAAGAUUUCCAUGUAGAUUUGGAAUCAUCCAGUGCAAUAAGGGUUUAUGUCUUGUAAGAACCAGGUCAAAAGCGAGAUUAUCUUGCAUCAAGCCCAAAAGGGGGUGGGACAGGAGGUGGGGUUUCAACUAAAGAACCUUUUGAGGCCUUUAUAGGAAUAUUCUGGGUUCAAUACAAGUUAAGCUCAAUCGACAGCAUUUGUGACAUAAUAUUGAUUACCACGAAAAAUGAUUUUGACUAAAAUAAUUUGAUUUAUAUAAUUUGAAAUAAUAAUUUGACUCGAAGCAAAAAUCAUGAUUACAGUAAGGCACUUACAUUGGAAGGAAAUGGGGCCAGUUCAUAAAUGCUAAAAUACACAUCAUUUUAAAAGUAUAGUCACGAGAUGUAAACAUUAUGUGUGUGAACAUGAUUUUAGUGAUAAAUCGCUUACUAACCUUCUGUGUAAAGUUAUAUCCAACACUGGGAUCACAGGAUUUUGUUGUCAUGAUAACAAAGUUAUAAUAGAAAUAUAAUUUUAAUAUUGUAAUACUGAAAGUAACUUUCCACAGAUAUGGUUAGUAAGCAAUUUUAUCACACUAAAAUCAUGUUCACACACAUAAUGUUUUCAUCUUUCUGUUAUAUUUUUUAAACAGUGUGUAUUUUAGCGUUUAUGGACUGGCCCCUUUCAAUCCACCCUAAGUAUCUUUCUGUAACAUUUUUUGUAUUUUUUUUUUAGGGACAGCCAAAAUUACUUUUUUUUUGUGGAAAUCAACAUUAUGCCACAAAUGCUGUUAAUUGAGCUUAACUUGAAUUUAACCCGGAAUAUUCAUUUAAACCUGAGCAAGUCCACACUCAAAUCACUUACAGUUGCAUUACUGCAUACUAUUCCUAUCUAUAUAUAUUCUUGUGUGGUCACUAAAAAUCAUUUCAUAUUUGGCAAGAUACAUUUACAAGUACAUGUACAUUCCUUGCAAUUUAGGCAUAACCUUCUAUUAAAAUACCUGAUACAUAAUACUAACAGCAUACUGUAUCUAAUCUGACUCAACACCCAAGCAAUAGCACAACUACUGUAUAGUGAUAAAUGUGCUUGAAAAGAUAUUUGGUUUAGUAGGUUGUUAUAUCUUGGAAAUCAAGUACCAUUUCACUUCAGCCCCCCCAAGCACUUUAAACAAUAAGUCAAACCCAAGAGAAAGAUCUGAUUACAGGUCUGAUCUCCUCGUGCACUCACUGAAUUGCCACAUUGACACUUGAUAUUGUCUCUGGGUACCUCUAGCGCACUAAAUUCGCUACAAAAGGCUCUUGGUCCCAAACAAAAAUAAAUAUAUUACUAUUAAACCCCAGAAAACAUGGAAGAGGAACAGAAAUUAAUAAGGCAGCAGCACAUCAGAAAAUCAUUAGAGCUUCUUUUAAAAACUGGACCACAAAAUCACCUUUUCUACUUGCUCUACUUAUGUGAACCUAGAACAUACACUUAAAGUCAAUGGCUGCAGUCUAUUAUAAUAGUAUAUUCUAUUAAUAUGGGAAAAUAAUAUCUAUUGAAAAUUUACAAUACCUUUUUUUAAUCAGGUCUCAAAAGGUGCAAUAAGGCAGGACAACAUAAAGGUUGCUCAGCAAAUCAAAGCAAAAACAUAAGUGCUCACAUGAACACCCACUAGCAGACACUUACUGCACAAAAACAUGUACACAAAAUUUUGCAUACACACACACUGCACAUUGUACAAUGCAAAGCCUUAAAUUUAUCAGUAUUAACUUUUGUCCACAACAAUCAAUACCUAGCCCUAUGUGUGCCAAGUAGUGAAGAUAAAUGUUUCAUUGCAAAAACAUAUUUUCUUAAUCCGUAUUUUUGUCUUGUUUUUUUUUUUUUUUUUUUUUUUGGCUUAAAUAUAAUAAAAAACAAGAUAAUUUUUCUUGAGAAGCAAAUAUGUGUAAAAUAAUAAGACUUGUUUUAGAGAACUUAGCUUGAAUUGCUCAUCUCCAAAAUGUUUCUUGUCUUUUAUUUACUUAAUUUUUGUUUAAAAAAAAACAAUUGCAAUGCAAUUUUGCUGCUCCUUUAAAUGUAUAUUGUUUUUAGGACGUUUGAGAAUUAGAUCAGAACAAGCUAGUUUCCACCGCUAGAAAGCCAGAAAAUGAGAGAGAAAUUGAGCACUAGAAGAGGACAGAAAACCGAAAUUUCACUUUGAGACCAAAUUGCUGCAGGGGGCCAAUCAAACUUGACUGUGGUGCUUCUGAAACACGCUUAUUAAAACAUAUCACACAAGCUACCAAUUCCAGCAAUGCUUCUUUUGAUUCACUUAUUUGCUGCAGAUUUGCUUACUUAGAUUUAAGGUUUCUCCUCACUGUUAAAGCUUAUUAAAAAGGACAGGGAAAAUCGAAUGGUCGAUUGCAGCACAACAGCUAAUUUAUCAUCCUGAUGUACCCAAGUAACUGCUAAUAGGCCACUGAACGGGGAAACAGUUACUCAUCACAGCAAAGUUUAGAAGCUGCUUGACAGGAACACAGGUAUGAUUUCUUGCUCAUACACUUAAAAAAAAAAAAAAAAAAAAAAAAAAAAAAAAGGAUUUUUGCUGCUUGUUCAAUUUACUUAACUAAAAUGAACAAAUGCAACACAAUUCUAGAACAUUUUGUAUCAACUUGAUUUCAUUGCGUUUUAUCCAAUUAAAAUUAAAAUGGACGUUUACGUAAUCAUUUGAGUUGGGAAUACAUGAAUACUCUUUGUGGUGUUCCUGUAGCAUUGAUGAAACUGGGCAUGUAUUUAGCAUGCUAACUUUUACUAAUCAGUACAUAAAGAAAUAAAAGUGAAUUAUUUGAGUAACAUUGACAUGUCUUGUUGGGUUUACCCAAUUUAACUAGGUUCUUUCUACACAAAGUGUUUGUGUUGAGAUUACAUAGUAAUUUUAAGUUAAGAAAACUCAUUUCUAACACAUGGAACCACUGUCCAUGAUUGAAUCAAGUUCAGCCAAAGAGAUAUUUUUGAGUGUAGGAGAGGUUGAAUUCACCUGCCUGCACUCUCUUCAACUCAGUUAGCAAUGUCAGUGAAGUAUGCAUCACUUUUUAAUGGUCAUGGAUAAAUCAAAUUUUCCAUGUAAGCGCAGCAUAGUUCUAGCAGGAAGACUAGCAGCUUUACAUCAUCGCACCAUUAGCUAGGUAACUCCUAGCCAAUCACAUGUAAGCCAUUGCUUUAUAAGUCUGCUCACAAUCUAUCACAUUGCGUUUCAGUGUGUUAACAUGGCAACCUCCACCACCCCACCAGCACCAGUUGAGUCCCGUCCUGCACGGGGGUAGGCUCCUCGCCCCUGCCUCCUAUCUCCGGCAGGAUAUGACGGUUCUGAGUACAACUUCUUCAGACCGCCAGAAGGGGCUUACGACAAAGAGAGACAUGACAUUUCUGUUUUAUAUUCAUCAAAUAAAUGUCAUCUUAAAUUUCACUCAAGUCUGCGAGUCUUCCUGAUAGAAAGAAGUUUCCUGUAUUUCUUGGUGUGUUUCUUUACAACAUAGACAUUUAAAAAUGCACAAAAAAAGCACAAUUACAGAUGUGUGAUUUGCAUUCUGUCCUCUAUAUCCAGUAAGUGAUGGUUAAAUAUGUUAACAAAUAAUGAUUUAAUCUUUUAAAAUAGUUUAGUUUAAUAUUUAUAUCCUUGACCAUAUGCAAGAAUACAGAAAAAUCAAAUCACACAAAAGUAUGACACCUUGUAGGCAGGGAAUUUAUUAUUAGUAAUGUUUGUGUAACUGUCAUUUUGACUACCUGGCUUAGUUACAACCCAGUCUUAUAUAGCAUUCAUCUCUUUCAUACACUUGACACAUAUUUUCGGUCUUAUCAGGCACAUCCUGUAAGAAAAGCUGAAUGAAUUGAACAUGUGGAAGCUUUGGCAGCAGGUCAGUGGACCGCCGAGGUUGAACACUAGCAGAAACUGUACGAACAUGACAGCAAAACAGAUGUGCAUGUGCUCGAUGGAACCAUGUUAAUGCGGACAGAAGUGCAUGGCUUUGAUACAUGAACCAAUCUUUUGGACCUGAAUAUGCGGGAUGCAUCUUAUUCUUUGCAUGUUGUUUUAGAAUCAUCUAACAAUGAGUAGGAUACAUGACCUGAAAAGCAAACCUGAGCAAGCCCAAUCCAAAAGCAACCAUUUGAAAACCUGACAAACAUUGCAUAAGAAUUCCAACAUACAAAUUAUUCCUUUGCAUAAUACAGUAUGACAAAUUUUGGCCAUUAAAAAUGUUCUCCUUCCUCAUAAUCUCACAUGAUUAGCUAAACACAUUCCUUUCUGUCUAUGCAUAUCCUUUUUUCUCCCCGGAUUGAUAGAAUAAUCUCUGUACACAAUACCAACAGUAUAUUUAAUCUGAUUUAACACAAAAUAUUUAAAUACUAAUUAACAUUUUCAUAUUCUGGUACAAAAUGCUAGCAAGAAAUUUGAUUCAGGAGAUGACAGCUUGUAUAUCAGAAUUUACAGUACAUCAAGCCUUGAAUAAUCACUUUAAACAGCAAAAACCCAAAUCCUAUAGAAAAAUCUGACUGAAAUGUCUUCAGCUGGUGCACCGAUCCAUAAUUGCCAUGAACUUGAAAUUACUGGGCAAAUCUUUCUACACUCCAAUGCCAAAAUAAAGUCAAUAGAUAAACUAAUGAAAAGAUAAUUUUCCUCAAAUGUUUAAGGAUAAUUUUCAAAUUAGUUAAUAAAUACAUAUUUAUACUGUUCAUAUUGUCUUUGAAGCCCUCACACAAUUACUUCCUUCAAGCGCGCUAACUUCACUUUAAAAAAAGCCCUCGGUUCCAAACAAGCGCAACAAAAUAAAUUCCACAAAAGCACAAUAGGAACAGCAACUGACAUGAUCAAUGAAUCUGUUGUGCCUGUGUGAGCGAGAGCAAGGGUUAAAGAGUCAAAUGAAGCGAUAGAGUAAAGCUAAUUUUCCAUUAGCAAAUGGAAAAUCAUUAGUGUUUCUAUUUAAAGUUGAACUUCAAACACAUUAUUGACCUCAUUUCCCUCUGCUGUCCUCCAAUUUCCCACCCAGCACCAUAUCAUUGUCUACAUUGGUCAAGGUAAUAAUAUUAAUUUCAAAUAUUUGCUUCUGUCCUGCAUCAAAAGUGCCUCAAAGUGAACAAAAGGGUCUGUCAGCAAAUCCAGCCACAUAAUCACUACAAAAGCUGAGACAUACAAACACAGGCUCACAUCCACCAGUGGACACAUAUUCACAGCACAAAAGCAUGCACACAUUGCACCAAACCAACACAGCAAAUGUAAAAAUGAUGAGUCUUUUGAUGGUCAUUAGAUGUAAAUAUUCUCUUUCAUGUACAGUUUAUCUUUUACCGUUCAUCAUUAGGAGUCAGGUAUGAGAACUGCCUAAAUCUUAAAAACAUAUGCUGAAUGUAUUGUGUACAUGCACUACAUGAAUAUAAUGUGUACAUAUAGUUUUCCCACAUAUAUUAAAGGGAUAGUUCACCCAAACAUGAAAAUUCUCUCAUCAUUUACUCUCAUGCCAUCCCAGAUGUGUAGAUGACUUUCUUUCUUCUGCAGAA